CAGGUUAUGCAAUGGUCUCUGCAAGAUGGCAUAUUCUUGAGUUGGAGCUUUUUAAGACAAGCAUACGCUGGUACUUCAACUUUACUAAGUGGACUAUAAUUUCUUCUCUCACAACAACUACAUAAGCAGACAAAAUUGCAAAGAUCUGCCCUGUGUCGAGUAUGACAGCCACGACUCGUGGCUCUCCAGUAGGAGGGAAUGAUAGCCAGGGCCAGGCUCCUGAUGGACAGUCCCAGCCUCCCCUCCAGCAGAAUCAGACUUCUUCACCUGAUUCUUCCAAUGAGAACUCCCCAGCUACCCCGCCUGAGGAGCAGGUCCAAGGAGAUGCUCCACCCCAGCUUGAAGAUGAGGAGCCUGCGUUUCCACACACAGACCUGGCAAAGUUGGAUGACAUGAUCAACAGGCCUCGAUGGGUUGUUCCAGUAUUGCCGAAAGGGGAAUUAGAAGUUCUUCUAGAAGCUGCUAUUGACCUAAGUAAAAAAGGCCUUGAUGUCAAGAGUGAAGCAUGCCAGCGAUUUUUUCGAGAUGGGUUAACAAUAUCUUUCACAAAAAUCCUUACAGAUGAGGCAGUGAGUGGCUGGAAGUUUGAGAUUCAUAGAUGUAUUAUUAACAACACUCAUCGACUAGUGGAACUCUGUGUGGCCAAGCUGUCCCAAGACUGGUUUCCCCUUCUUGAACUUCUUGCCAUGGCCUUAAAUCCUCACUGCAAAUUCCAUCUAUACAAUGGUACUCGUCCCUCAGAAACAGUUCCUGCAGGAGUCCAGCUUGCUGAAGAUGAACUUUAUGCCCGUCCUCCUGACCCACGAUCACCAAAGGGUUGGCUAGUAGAUCUUAUAAACAAGUUUGGCACAUUAAAUGGAUUUCAGAUCUUACAUGAUCGCUUCAUGAGUGGAUCAGCAUUGAAUGUUCAGAUAAUUGCAGCUCUCAUCAAGCCAUUUGGACAAUGUUACGAAUUUCUAACAUUACAUACAGUGAAGAAAUAUUUCCUUCCAAUUAUAGAAAUGGUUCCACAAUUUUUAGAAAAUUUAACAGAUGAUGAACUGAAAAAAGAGGCAAAGAAUGAAGCCAAAAAUGAUGCCCUGUCAAUGAUAAUCAAAUCUCUAAAGAAUUUAGCUUCACGAGUUCCAGGACAAGAAGAAACCGUAAAAAACUUAGAAAUAUUUAGGUUAAAAAUGAUACUGAGGUUGUUACAAAUUUCUUCUUUCAAUGGUAAAAUGAAUGCACUAAAUGAAGUUAACAAAGUAAUAUCUAGUGUGUCAUAUUAUACCCAUCGACAUGGUAAUCCUGAAGAGGAAGAAUGGCUUACAGCUGAAAGAAUGGCAGAAUGGAUCCAGCAGAAUAAUAUUUUAUCAAUUGUGUUGAGAGAUAGUCUUCAUCAACCUCAAUAUGUAGAGAAGUUAGAGAAAAUUCUUCGUUUUGUCAUCAAAGAGAAAGCCCUCACUUUGCAGGAUCUUGACAACAUUUGGGCUGCACAGGCAGGAAAACACGAAGCCAUUGUAAAAAAUGUACAUGAUCUCCUUGCAAAAUUAGCUUGGGAUUUCUCUCCUGAACAGCUUGAUCACCUGUUUGAUUGUUUUAAG